AAACGCUGGCAGAAUUCCGUAGCUAUAAAACAUGUUCUAAUCAUUUUGCGGGUUUUAUCGCGUGUUGUGUCAUAAAAACAUGAGUGAUGUCAAGUUUAUAGGAUAAUCUAGCUAACUUGUGAUAUGACGUUAUAAACACGCGACGCUUGCUCGUCAGUCACGUGAGGCGGGGCGUGAAAGACGACGAAAUUAAUCUGCACUGCCUAAAAAUGACCACCGCUCUGACCCAAGGUUUAGAGAGAAUACCCGAUCAGAUUGGGUAUUUGGUUAUCAGUGAGGAAGGUGUACUUGCGUCCGCAGGAGAGCUGGAGAAUGACGAGCACACAGCAGGAGUGAUCAUGCAGAUGGUCAGAACAGCUUGUCGUUUCAGAUUGCAUGGGACAGCUGAGCCCCCUUUCAAGCGCAUGUCAGUGAUGUUCGAAGACUACGUUUAUGCUGUGACCGUCUCCGGACAGAAAGUUUUUGUUGUCAAAAGGCAGAACAACCAGCGGGAACCUGUUAUUGUGUAGUAAAGAGGAUAAUAUGGACUGAUCUUACCCAUUAUUACAAGCUCGAAAUGGUGCCCUCACAUUGAAAUGACCCAGCCAUUGCAUCUAUCUGAUGUUUAGCACAAUCACACUCAAUUUCUUUUGUAAAAGAUUCUUAUUAUACCGAUUUGGGGGUGGUGUCAGGUGUAUUUGACCUGAACCAAAGGAAGUUAAUGUGUCUUUCUUGUAUGAAUCUAAUGUUACAGACUGGUUAAGGGAUUUAUCAUUACUAUGUCUUUUAAUGCUAUCAAUAUUUUUGCCCCCAUUUAUGCUUGAGUGGUCACAUUUAAGGUAUUACUGGAGUUCAUUAUAUGUGUGUAUUUAUAUUUAAUCCAUACAAUCCAUUAACCUAUGGUUUCCUCAUACAAAUACAUGACCUUAAGGACCUGCUUAUUGCAUCCUGUUUUUAUGCUGGAAUUAUAAUAGACCUGAAAUAUGUAUACAAACACAUGCAUUAGCCACGGACACAGUUUUGUCUUAAACAUUGUUACACUGGGUGUUAUAAUUUCGUUAUCAAUUUCAUAUUCCAGUCUUAACAUAAAGUGUGAAACCUUGUAGUAAGGUGUUAUAAUACUAAGUUAUUUUCCCUGGGAUCUGUGAAAGCAGAAAUUUAAGUGCACUGAAAGGAUUUUGCAGUCUAUUUCCAAAUGUGUUCAAUUAACAGGCUUGAAAUCGCAUCUUUGAAUAAUUGCAUUAACAAUAAUAUAUUAAAUAAAGUACUAUGCAUAUUUUACUUUCUUUUUUGGUUGUAGAAAAUAAGCAUUGGCUUAUUUGUGGUUACACACAAGAAAUGUUGAAUAAUAAAAUAUUGUACUAUAACCUUU